CCAGGAAGUAGAAAAAAAAAUAAUUUGGGCCAAGGCGAAGUGACAGUGUAGCAUAGGUAGCUAGCAAGGGUUUCCCUCAUAUUUGGCAAUAUUUUUAACAUUUUAUUUGUGUUUCGUCAUCAAGCAAAUGUCGCUGUUUGGUAAGAUAUUCGGCGGCGGGGGAAAGGGAGGGAAGGGGCCCAGCGCGCAGGAGGCGAUCCAGAAGCUGCGAGAAACAGAGGAUAUGCUAACCAAGAAGCAGGAAUUUCUAGAGAAAAAGAUUGACCAGGAACUAGUGACUGCGAAGAAAAACGGCACCAAAAAUAAGAGAGCGGCACUGCAGGCGUUGAAAAGAAAGAAGCGCUACGAGAAGCAGCUGGCGCAGAUCGACGGCACGCUGUCCACCAUCGAGUUCCAGCGGGAGGCCCUGGAGAACGCCAACACCAACACCGAGGUCCUCAAGAACAUGGGCUUCGCCGCCAAGGCCAUGAAGUCGGCCCACGAAAACAUGGACAUCGACAAGGUGGACGACCUCAUGCAGGACAUCACAGAGCAGCAGGAGGUGGCGCAGGAGAUCUCCGACGCCAUCUCCAAACCAGUGGGCUUCGGAGAGGAGUUCGACGAGGACGAGCUGCUGGCUGAGCUGGACGAGCUCGAACAGGAGGAGCUGGACAAGAACCUGCUGGAGAUCGGCGGGACGGAGAACGCCCAUCUGCCCAGCGUCCCGUCCACCUCACUGCCCUCCAGACCAGCAGCCAGAAAAGAGAAGGAGGAGGAUGAGGACGACAUGGAAGAUCUACAGCGCUGGGCAAUGGAGGCCAUGUGAGAACACCGACCUGACCGGCAUCCACCAGAGAACAGGAGACCGGCGCCAGAGAGAGACCUAGAGAAUAAUGGACCUGGAAUACAUCGACUAUGGGUGUUUCUGAAGGCUUGAGCUGAAGUCAAGCGACAAGUUGCCAGAAUUGUUUUUUUGUUUUUGUUUCCUUUAUUCUCCCUCUGGCCUUCGAUUGCAGAGGAAAAAUCCUCAGUUUCCAGCGAUUCUAAAGAGCAUGGCAAAGGUUUGUCCCUCAUCAAGGGCUCUCAUGGCCCAAUAGGCUGCUGAUAGAACAUACGCGUCAUAUGUUCGGCGGUUCAAUAUUUGGAUUAUUGUCCGACUCUAUUCUAAUGUUAAUAACGAAUGGAAAAGGGAAUCUUUGGGAGCUGAACCUUGAAACGCCUGCUACGAACAUAUAUACCCCUUUUCCUUCAUGAAUUUUGGUGUUUUCCAUAGGAAAUAUAUGAAUGAUUCUUAAACUGAUUAGAAUCAUUCAUAUGUUAUAAUAUACUUAUAUUAAUUAUAUUAUACUUAGUAAUAUACUUAUUGUUUGGUUAAGCACUCCCCAAAAGCUGCGACUGAGUCUUGGCAUGCUUUGGUUAUGAAGCUUGGAACAGUCUUUGUUAUCCAGUUUACUGUUCUUCCCAAACGGUUUUGCUUUGCUGUUGAUUUUGUUUGUGUUUGUUAAAGCCCUUUCCCAACUAUGCCUGUACCUUGUGACACUUCAAUGGCUUUUGCUGUUCCCCAGAAGACCAGAAGCUUCCCGCCAACUGGUUAUUUGAUGUUAAUAUCUAAAAUGUGCUCCUUUAUUGUUUUGCAGUUUGUCAUAGUUGUGUUUUUUUGCUGACAACCGCAAGUGUUUUGAACGGUUAUACUGUGUGAAGCGUUUCAACCAAGGGAAGGCAUUGAAAUCAUUGCACGACUGAACCAACAGAGAUUUAUCCUGAUACUUUCAUUGUAUUUUCUGUCUGGGUCACGUCAGUUUUCUUUGGGCACUAUGGGUUUUGUUUUUAUUAUUAAUUUAGAAUUGUACAAUAGGCAGAAAAAGGAAGCAUUUCAUAAUGUAUUAAUGUAACUGACAAAGAGAUAUUGGUUUAUAUAUGCUAUGAUUAGUUUCCCUACAUUUCCAGUGUUUUUGGAUUUGAGUCAUUUUAGUUUUGCUAAAAUAUGAUGUACAUUUUUUACAUAUACAAUAUGUAACACUAGAAUGGACAUGCAUGUCUACAUUUCAACCGUUUAUUUAUCACAUUAUUUGACAAAUCAUUAAAAUUUCCAAUUGUAUUUCUA